UGGAUCCUUCGGUGGGAGGACCCGGAGUAGACGACAGACACAAUAAGUCGUCUGCUCCGCAAUCCUCUGAUGUUCCCGAGCAGAAUACGUCAAAUAUGGAUUCUUCGACGGAUAUUGACAAAAAUAACACGGAUGACAAUGUCACACAACCAGAUACAACUCGACUGGAGCAGAGUGAAAGUAACUCGGGCAACCCGGAAGCUAAACUUUUCGGUUGGUUGCAAAUUCUCACACGUGGUAUAAUCAAAACAAACAGACAGCGUUUCUGCGUGUUCGGAGACAGCACGUGCAAGCUUUACGUUUACCGUAAUCAGCAUGACUUCCUACCUUUGGAUGAGAUUGAUAUAUCCAGGGCAUCAUUUAAUUUCAAUGCUGGAAAUACUGGGAAGCCCGGGAGUUUUGAAAUCAGGUCUGGUGGGAAGGAACACGUAUUGGAUGCUUCGGAUAGACACGCGAUGAUGUAUUGGUUACAGGAGUUACAGAAACGUCGCAGACGUUAUAACAUGGCUCGGAACUCUCUCUCACGCGACAGAGUGGGUCAGUGGAAUGUUAGGAGGACACAGGGCAACAUCAGUGGGCUGGUCUCCAAGAAGGAUGAUGUUGAUAUGGAGGUAGGGAUUGGCCAGAGUGAUUUCCCUUUCAUCAAAGCUCCGACUAGUCUGCUGCUUGGGCCUCCAGAGGAUAACACAUCUUCACCUAACCAAGAAGACAUUGUAACUCCUGAUGGAUCAACCCCGACUCUCAGACAUGCUCAGUUGUCCCCCGUCAAACCAGGCGGUAAAGUUGGAAAAUUCAAGUCAGCAUUUGGGAAGGUGUUAAACAGGAAAUCAGUGUUAAGUGAUGAGGAAGCGCCACCUGGUGUCUGUAACAGGUGUAAACUGCUCCAGAAACAGCUGUCUAAUGCUCAGCAAGACCAGCAAGCUACAGAGGAGGAGUUACAAGCAAAUAGGGAGAUUGUCCGUCUGUUACAGAAAGAGUUGGAUUCUCUCACCAAGGAAAUGGAGACAAGGACAUGUGUGCAGCAUACGAAACCCAGAACAUGUUCCUUACCAACGAGAUAUUGGAGUUGACCGAUCUCCGGCAACAUGACGAAGAAAAUGGCAAGGCUCUGAUGAUGAGCUAUGCACAAAUGGAGGCAAAGUUUUACCAAACUCACAGCAAAUAUCUUAUUUUACUGAAGGAGGUUAAACAGCCAGUCAGAGGUGGACAGGAUGAGGAGUUUCGUUCUCAAGAGAUGGUCACACAACUUCUCUCCGACGCUCUGGACCUAGACGAUAAUGAAGACAUGGACUAUCUGUUCACCUCUAGCGGACAGGAGUAUGAUCGAUAUGGCUUCCUAAAAAAGUUUGGAGGGGAUGAGGAAGAUGAUGACCCCCUCAUUGCCAAAGCAACCCAGUUGGAGAGGAAAUCUGAGGAGCUGUCCACAAAAAUCAAGGAAGCUGAUGAAGUGCAGUCACAUUUGGUAAAGUGGGACAACUUUAUGGUUGGUCAGACUGGAAAACCCCUUGUCCGGUCAGCUGAACUGAAGGGACUGGUACGGAUGGGAAUUCCUCAUGAGCACAGGAGUCAUAUCUGGAAAGGGUGUGUGAACUUCUAUGUGAGUGCCGACAGAGACAAAUUGGGCCCACACUACUACAAGAGUCUAAUGACGCGUUCAGGUGACACCCCUCAUAAUCCUGCCGCCAAACAGAUUGAACUGGAUCUGUUGAGAACCCUUCCCAACAACAAGUAUUAUGAGAGUUCAGAUUCUGACGGUGUUACCAAGCUUCGACGUAUAUUGGUGGCGUAUAGCCUCCACAACCCUGUCAUUGGAUACUGCCAGGGACUGAACAGACUGGCAGCCAUUGGCUUACUCUUCCUGGAGGAGGAGGAAGCCUUCUGGUUAAUAGUGGCCAUUGUGGAGCACAUCAUGCCAAAGGACUACUACAGUAAAACUCUGAUAGCGGCUCAAGCUGACCAGCGAGUGUUGAAGGACAUGGUCCACGACAAGUUGCCAAGCCUGUACGCACACUUUGAGGCCCACAGUGUUGAUUUGUCACUCUUCACCUUCAACUGGUUCCUCACCAUCUUUGUAGACAACAUACCGCCGGAGACAUUCCUCCGAGUCUGGGAUGCCUACCUGUAUGAAGGGAGUAAGAUGCUGUUUCGUUUUGCUGUGGCUUUUUUCAAAAUGGCAGAGGAGGAUAUCUUACAGCAGAAUAGCGCAUUGGGGGUAAACCACUAUAUGAGAGUCAUAGGGGAGAAGAUGACUAAUGUCCGCAAAAUUUCACAGUUUGCCUUUAACUGGAUCAAUCCUUUCCCAAUGAGAAGUAUUUCUACCAAACGGCAAUUUUACCUCCAACAACUUAGGGGAGAACUUGCAGAAUUGGACCGAAUUAGAGAUGACCUGAGAAGUCAACGAGCCACAUCAGAUUGUAGAGAGUUCUUCAGUGAUGAUGAGUUAUAGCAUACACCACAACUGGAAAACUGGAACUGGUAUCCAAAAUGGAUUCAAAUAUAGACAAUUAGAUAUCCACAUGAAUUAGAUAUCAACUUGUCCUAGUGAAUUAGAUAUCAAUAUGUCCUACUGAAUUAGAUAUCAACAUGUCCUACUGAAUUAGAUAUCAACUUGUCCUAGUGAAUUAGAUAUCAACAUGUCCUAGUGAAUUAGAUACCAACAUGAAUUAGAUAUCAAUAUGUCCUAGUGAUUUAGAUAUCAACAUGUCCUAGUGAAUCAGAUAUCAAUAUGUCCUACUGAAUUAGAUAUCAAUAUGUCCUAGUGAUUUAGAUAUCAACAUGAAUUAGAUAUCAACAUGUCCUAGUGAAUUAGAUAUCAACAUUGAAUUAGAUAUCCACAUUGAAUUAGAUAUCAACAUGUCCUACUGAAUUAGAUAUCAACAUGAAUUAGAUAUCAACAUGUCCUAGUGAAUUAGAUAUCAACAUGUCCUAGUGAAUCAGAUAUCAACAUGUCCUGCUGAAUUAGAUAUCAACAUGAAUUAGAUAUCAACAUGAAUUAGAUAGCAAUACAUCCUAGUGAAUUAGAUAUCAACAAAUCAACAAAGCAUGGGAAACAUCUAAUACGAUGUUCUUUUCCACUUGUUAUUUCAGCUUAUAAAAGUAUACGUUGAUGGUUUGGAGCUUGUCCACCAGAUAAGGGAGGUUUAGAAAUGUACAUCAUGUUUAACAAAUCAUCUUCAAAACAGACUUGGUUUGUGGCUAGGCUAGCUAACAUCAUGAAAAUCAUGGUGUUAAGAUUGGUUGAAAAUAGACAGGAUAUGGACUUGGUGACUGUUUGUAUCUAAGCAUUAUUUUACGGUGUUGUAAACAAUAAAUUCCAUAUAAUGUAUAUUAAGAUUAUAUAUUAUAAACAUAUAAUGUAUAUUAAGAUUAUAUAUUAUGAACAUACACCAAAGUAUUUUCUAAAUUUGUCUCAUAGAAUUUUAUAUCCAAUUUAAGCAUUCCGUAUUGAACUUUGAGCAUUAUGUGUGUACAUUGCAUAUUGUCAUUUAGAUUUAAGUCACCAUGAUGAUCAUUACUGUAAGAAUACCUAUUCAAGUUUAAAAACUAUGUAUUUGAACUGUUUUGAAAACAAGAUACCAUAAAAUCUUGAAAAUAAGCUGGUCUUCAACACUAAUAAAAUAAGACAUACAUUUCGAGAAAAGUUUCUUGAAAAUUAGCUGUUAAAUUUGACAAAGUGAAAAGUGUAUGAUGCAACAAUCACAUGUCAGUCAUUUGUGAUUUUGUGAUAUAAAUACUUUCUAAUUAGAAUUUACUUUCAUUACAGAAACUUUAUUUAUUCAGCUUGCAGUUUUGAAUAAUAGGAGGCAACUGAAAAAAAAAGAAAGGAAUAAUUGGAAAUGCUUUGAAAAUAUGUCUAAAAAAUAAGUCUUGAAAUCCUAACAGAAAAAAGAACGGCUUAUUUUAAAGAUUUAAGGGUUUGUACAGGAACUGUGAUUAUCUCUGUUGUAUGCAAUUUAUGAACAACUCUAACAUUAACAUCCAAUUCCACUUUACUCAUUCCAUUUUGCCUCUUCCUCCAUGUAAGUGUCACCCUUGAUUAGUGGUUGAAUUCAAUUUCAAGACACCGGUAUAUCUACUACCUCACUAAUACACUAAUUCAGUCAAGAGACCUACUGGGAUGAAGGGCUACCAAGUUUGUACAAAUGAAUGAUAUUGACCUAGCUCCUUUCUAGGUCAAAAGUGCUCAGAUGUCUUCUUCUCAAGAUCCCUGAGGUCUAAGGUCAUGACAUUAGUUGAUUAGCAUACUGUGAUGAAUGGCUACAAUGUUUGUUCCAAGAACAAAUCUCGAUCAUCUACUGUCAAGGUCAUCAGGGUGAGAUGUGUUAAAAGGGAUAGUUGAUUAGCAUACUGUGAUGAAUGGCUACAAUGUUUGUUCCAAGAACAAAUCUUGAUCAUCUACUGUCAAGGUCAUCAGGGUAAGAUGUGUUAAAAGGGAUAGUUGAUUAGCAUACUGUGAUGAAUGGCUACAAUGUUUGUUCCAAGAACAAAUCUUGAUCAUCUACUAUCAAGGUCAUCAGGGUGAGAUGUGUCAAAAGGGAAACAUCAUCUACCAGUAUACUUCAGAACUGAGGUGCCCAAUAAGACCCAUGGGCCUCUUAUUAAAACAUAUUUUUGGUAUUUUAAAAGAGAAAUAUUUCUUUUUAUGAUUCUCGUUUGAAAUAAAUUUAUACUAAUAUUUAACACAGUAGAUUUUUUUAAUCCAAUUCAUCUUUCUUUAGUAACAUAAUUGAUCAUGAUGAUAGUUAUUUUUUAUUUAAUUGUAAUGUUUUAGAUUUUAUUAUUUGUUACUUUUAUUUAUUGAAAUUAAACACUGAUAACUACUUUGAAGUUAUUAGCUGAUGCAUAAUUCUGCUAUCUGAUUUUAUCAAAAGUGUGCAAUAUUUAUCUCCCUUGAAUUUGAAACAUGGUUCUAUUUACAGGUUUUACUGUAUUCUGUGAUUUAUUUGAACAGAAUGCUGAAAAAUAACUCAUAUUUCCAUUUUCUAUUUGAUUUUGAUGGCUGAUUAUAUUUUUUACCUUUUUUUGAUAAUAAGUUUUGUGCUUCAAUAGAUGGAACAGACUAAUAUAUAUUUACCGGGGUUCACUGGAAUACAUUUACCAGGGUUCACUGGAAUACAUUUACCAGGAUUCACUAGGGUACAUUUACCAGGACAUUGGGGUACAUUUACCAGGGUUCACUGGAAUACAUUUACCAGUGUUCACUGGAAUACAUUUACCAGGAUUCACUAGGGUACAUUUACCAGGGUUCACUGGAAUACAUUAACCAGGGUUCACUGGAAUACAUUUACCAGGGUUCACUGGAGUACAUUUACCGGGGUUCACUGGAAUACAUUUACCGGGGUUCACUGGAGUACAUUUACCAGGGUUCACUAGGGUACAUUUCUAGGGUUCACUGUAAUACAUUUACCAGGGUUCACUGGAAUACAUUUACCAGGGUUCACUAGGGUACAUUUCUAGGGUUCACUGGAAUACAUUUACCAGGGUUCACUGGAGUACAUUUACCAGGGUUCACUAGGGUACAUUUCUAGG